AUGGGCCCUCCGGCGCCCAACGCCGGACUUCUCUGGGUGGUCAAAACGGCCUCAUCCUCCUCCCUGUCGCAUUCUUCCGACUCUGAACGAAUCCAGGUCUUCUCCCAUGCACAACGGACAAGCAGACUUACCAAACGAGCACGGCGGGGGAAACGCAAGCGCGCUCAAUCGAGCGAGGAGGGGACAGUGCAAUUGCAAACUUCCAACCAGACCACCACGUCCCUGGUCGCAGCAUAUCGACAGCCGCCCAUUCGAAACGCCCUGCUCCUGGACCCUACGUGUACUUCUGAUGAACGCCGCGCCAUCGACUUUUACCAAACCAUGACGGUGAACAAGAUGCUCACUCAAAUGGAGGACUCUCAGUUCUGGCGGGCCGAUGUCGUGUCUUUGGCGAAGUCCUGUCCGGUCAUUCGGCAUCUGAUUGUCGCGAUAGGGGCGACGCACGAAGUUCUCCUCGCAGAGGACGCCUCACGACUUAACGUGCUUGCCCUGACGCAAUGCAACAAAGCUGUCGAGGAGCUUCGACUUGCCUCGCACACCGAUCCCUCGGUGCUUCUUGCUUCAUGCGUCUUGAUCGCCGCGUACAAUAUACUCCGAUGCGAUCUCAUGAAUGCCGACCGCAGCGUCGAGGCGGGUCUUCAAAUCAUGUCUCAACACUCCGCGCAACCAGACUCGACCAAUGCAUCGCCUCGCUGGUACGGUGGAGAUUUGAGUCGGCUGCUCGCCCCAUUGAGUUUCCGUGGCGGCUAUAAAAUCUGGGCUUCUGAUCUGGCCUUUCAUUUUGAAAAGAUGUCUCUCGCGGACAAGACACUGGUCAUUGAGACUGAUUGCGUUCACGGACCGUUUGCCGACUUUGAGCAAGCCGCAAAGUCUUUCAAAACUCUCGCUACGGAAACGGUGGCCAAAAUCAUGAGAAAUCUAGCCGUCGGGGCGUACGUCGAUCCGUCAUGCCCUUUGGCUCGAGCAAUCACGCGCCAAUUGGAACUGUUUGACACUUACUGGAACAUGUACUACAACACCAUCGAUGCCGAAGAUGUGCUGGAGGAAUUGGAGAUGCAGUCGCUUCGGGUUGCCUACUACGACCUCUACCUGCUCUACAACACCCGCGCCAUCUGUCCCAACGAGCUCGCAGCCAAUCGAAGCGUCGAGCUAUAUUCAUACCGGCAAAAGAUCCUCGAACUUGGCGAAGAGAUCAUCAUUGCUCGCCACGCUGGCUUCACAGUGACAUACAUGGAGAGAUUCGUCAACCGCAGCCUCUGGGCAGUCGGACUGUACAGCUUCGCCGACGGCGUGCGACGGCGUGUCGCACAGCUGCUGUGCGGCCAAAAACAUCUCCCCGGCGGUCUCAACGAAUGGCUGCGCGGCACCAUCAUCACCAUAUUUGCGGACCUCGACCUCUUGAUCAAGCUAACUCAUCCCGACAAGAACCUCGUCGAGCGGAGGGCCACUCCCGCGGGGUAUUAUUGUCGAGCAGAAGAUCAGUCGAUCGUGUUGGUAUACAUGCAGCAACACGAUAACGGAGGGGUGGAACGCAAAGAGUACGCCCAUCGCUGGGAGCCGGAGAUCAACGCCCUAUUCUCCGCUGCGGAGAUAUCGCGCGGUCUGCAAGUUAUAAUGGCCAGCUACCGCAUGUUUGGCAAGCCGGUGCUCCCGAACUCCGCGCGCGGAUAUGUGAGACCCAUGCAUUUCCAAGGAGAGCUGGUGCCGGUCUAUCCUGAGCCUGACCUUUCCUCGGACACUACCUGA